GCUGCCAUUUCCCAUUUGUAGAUCCACGAGACAGGCAUAGGCACCGUCGCACAGAGCUGGGACUUUUUUUUAAGCACCACAGAGCUGGGACUUUGAGAGGGAGGACUCAGCGGGCUCCAAAGCCGACGAGGAUAAAGAGGAGCCCGGCUCCGCACGCGGGAGCGAGAGGAUCGCCGGCGCAGGAUGUGGUGCGCAUCGUGCUUGGCGUCCGCCUGCGCGGGCUGCACCUGCAACCUCUGCACGUCGGCGGCAUCGGCCGUGUCCCGCCGCUCCGCGCGCCUCGCUUACUGCGGCCUCUUCGCCGCCUCCCUUAUCCUCUCCUUCUUGCUCCGCCAGUUCGCCGCGCCGCUCCUCAAGCAUAUCCCAUGAUUCACUAAAUUUCUCCAUGUCCUGAAGGCUUAAGAUGCAGAAAAGUAAUGUGGAGUGUCCUUUUGCUCCACAAAAUGAAAUGCAUUCCUUCAGUUGAAUAUUUUACUGUUUCGUCGUUCCCAUAGAGUACUUGCAGACAGCAGAGGGUUUUUUCUGGACAACAACAGCAGAGGUUGCUACUAGUUGUUGUCGAAAGUUCUAAUAUUUGCAAUUUUGCAACCCACAAGUGUUGACUCUUUGCUAUUAUACCACCUCGGUCUAUGAUUUGUGAGUCCGUCUGUCUAUGAUUUGUGGGACCAAUGGCAAAGUGGUGAAGCCCAAUGAUGAUGAUGGCAAAAUUGCAAAUCCCUUAAAGUUCGGUGCUGUACAGAAAAGACAUCUGGGAUAAAUGCGUUUGAUCAAACACCACCAGAAGAAUGGUUUCAAAUGAAUGCUGUUCUUCGUGUAAGCCUGGGGAACUUCUUGUUCUUUGCAAUAUUUUCUCUCGUGAUGAUUGGUGUGAAAGACCAGAAUGACCGGCGAGAUGCCUGGCACCAUGGUGGCUGGAUUGCAAAGAUUGCUGUAUGGGCUGUUCUCAUUGUUCUUAUGUUCUGUGUGCCGAACAUUGUCAUUACUAUUUACGAGGUACUUUCGAAGUUUGGAUCUGGCUUCUUUCUUCUAGUACAGGUUGUGAUGCUUUUAGACUUCACAAAUAAUUGGAAUGACUCAUGGGUUGAGAAAGAAGAGCGGAAAUGGGAAAUAGCUUUGCUGGUAGUGACUGUGGUUUGCUAUCUUUCUACAUUGGCCUUCUCUGGUGUGCUCUUCAUGUGGUUUAAUCCAUCCGGUCAUGACUGUGGUCUCAAUGUGUUCUUUAUCGUCAUGACACUCAUCCUUGCUUUUGCGUUUGCAAUAGUUGCUUUACAUCCUCAGGUCCAUGGAAGCGUUAUGCCUGCUUCUGUCAUUUCUGUUUACUGCGCAUACCUGUGCUACACGAGUCUCUCGAGUGAACCGGAUGACUAUGAGUGCAAUGGGCUUCACAGGCAUUCUAAGCAGGUUUCAAUGAGUGCUCUUAUACUCGGGAUGCUCACUACGGUGCUCUCUGUUGUGUACUCAGCAGUCCGUGCUGGAUCCUCGACUACAUUCCUUUCACCGCCAUCAUCUCCUAGAUCUGGAGCCAAAAACCCGCUACUCGGUGACGAGGAGGACGGCAAAGGCGAUGGCAAAGAAAGCGAACCGCGACCCGUGAGCUACUCCUACACCUUCUUCCACCUCAUCUUCGCCCUUGCAAGCAUGUAUUCAGCCAUGCUCCUGACCGGCUGGACGAGCGCUGCAUCAGAGAGCUCCGAGCUGAUGGAUGUUGGAUGGACGACCGUCUGGGUGCGCAUCUGCACGGAAUGGGUCACCGCCGGGUUGUACAUCUGGACCCUCAUCGCCCCACUGCUCUUCCCAGACCGUGAUUUCUCCUAGGCACCCACGCACCCAUAGCCUAUGAGUUGUUUGGUGGUGUUAGUUGCGAUUGUGAAUAUGAAUAAGCCGAAGCUGGGAGCUGGUAGGGAUCUGGUAUUGUCUCUGUAUGCUAUCUGGCAUGCCUAAUGUGAUGGCACUGGUUAGUACCUGUUUGUAUGGCCUUGUAUAGAAUAUAUUUCGACCGAGUGUAGGUUGUGGACUUUAAAGUCAUAUAGCUAUACUUGACCUGAUGUCAAGUCGCGGUUGUGUGUAAUGACGACAAUUAUCAUGUGUAAGAAUACGUCUAUUGCUCGUAAUGUUGUAAUAACUACGACUGUAGCUUGUGUUUAGGGCA